AUGGCUGAGCUAAUACCAGGACUGUUUUCCGACGAGACAGAUGGGACUAUUUUGACUGAGUUUUGUGCGUUGCAAGCUAAGUUAUACGCCUACAUUAUUCAGGGCAAGAAGAAGAUCAAGUCCAAGGGUAUCCGUGGCCACGUGGUUAAAAAUCAUCUGACUUUUGAAGACCAUAAGAAGUGUUUGUUUGAUGACAAUGAUUUAGACGUUUACACUCAAAAUGUCUCUAUCCGAUCAUUCAAACAUAAGCUCAAGACUAUAAUAUCGAAAAAAUUAACCUACAAUAACUUUGACGAUAAGACAGUGAUUCUACAGGACACAAUCCAUACCUUAGCUCAUGGGCAUUAUAGUUUAGAGUAAGUUGAUACAAUUUAUGUUUUUAAAAUUUUUUUUUUUUGUAAUAUUUAUGAUUUUUUUUUUUUAGGAUGAUGA